CCGUCAUCGUGUUGAACACGACGAUGGGGUCGUGUUCAGCACGUGGUGUACAUGCCCGCGCUCGACCGUCAUCGUAUUGAACUUGACCAUGGGAUCGUGGGGUGCCACUGCGAUCAUGUUCGACACGAUGACAACGACCGUCAUCGGGUUGAACGCGACGGUGGGGUCGGGGGGUGCCACCGCGGUCGUGUUCGACACGAUGACAGCGACCGUCAUCGGGUUGAACACGACGGUGGGGUCGUGUUCAGCACGUGGCGUACACGACCGCGCUUCAACCGUCAUCGUGUCGAACACAACGGUCGUCGUGUCGGACUCGAUGAUGGACGGCUCUGUGAACUAUUCGGCAUCACUGCAAAACAUGGAAGGAGAGGGGAAGGCAAGUAAACGACGAGCAAGUAAGAAUUCUGGGAGCAUGGAACAAUCUCCGAAAAAAUCAAAGGGGGCACCGGCCGCUGGGGCUGGGAGUCAGGAGGCACCUGGGUCUAAGCGGCAACGCACCCCGGUUCCGAGGGGUGCACCUUCCACGGGCACUCCGUCGAGUCGUGUUCGGGGCUCUGGACCGGAUAAGGCUGUGUUGAUGACUGGCGGGCCUGCGGGUCAGGGACGUGUGCCUGGUCCACAGCAGGGAAGAUCUGCAAUGGAGGUUGUGCCCGGACGUAAAACAUCUGGUGAACGUAAACCCUCUGGCGAACGUAAACCGUCUGGUGAAACGACUGCCACGGGUUGGCGAGACGAUGUGCCUGUGGUUGAUCACACGGACAGGUUCUGGAUGCUGGACUGGGUGGGGGAGAUCGGACAACCAUCGAGUGACCUUGUUCUAUACGUGGUCAUCAAAGAAAAUAUUGUGCCGGUUGGCGGCCUGGUGAGGUGGACUGGACAAAAUGCGCCGUCUGCAACGUUCGAGUUGACGAUGGUCCCCAAUGGAAGAGGGGAAAGAAUACCGACUGUUAAACACGUCGCUCUUCGAUGGGCCAAACACACGGGGUUUGGAAAGUCGCUGGUUGAUGUGUUCAACCCACCAGGGACAGCGGAAGUGAAGUUGCCUGACCUCGUUGACGUCCUUGGGUUUUUCGAGAGUAAUGUGAUCGUGGACGAAGAGCCGGUUGUGCAUCCAGAGGACCGCAUAUCGAAGCCUAAAUGCAUGCUUUCGAAAACCGUGGAGACAGGGCCUUCGAUCACGAUCCGCAAUACACCGCCUGGUCCGAAAGCUGGGAAGAUUGGAGAGAAGGGUCCGUGCCGCGGACUGGUCGUGCCGUCAGCCCCUAUGAAGACCAGGCCAACGGCGACCAAAGCACCAGUUGCCUGGGCAGCCGACCGCGCUAUGUUGCGGCCACCAAGGGACCUCUCCCCUUGGUGGGCCAGCAGCACUAUGACUACACUGUGCCAAGCCGCGCAGAGGAAGCCCAUGAGUAUUUUGAAGAUGAGGAUGAAGAGAACAACGAGGAAUAUUCGGAUCGAGUAGGAGGACAGGAACAAUAUGCUGCGGGUGUCGGCGGCAUGACGAGGCAUCCAGGAGAGACAAGUAAAGUGGUUGGACAGGA